GUGACUCUCAAAGAACUAACAGAAUUUUCCAGAAGAAGUUAGAGAAAGAAACAGUUACAGAUUCUCCGCGAAAUCGAUAACUCGAGCAGCCAUGGCGAGCCAAGACUCCACAAACUCUCCAGGCUUGAUCGUCGGAUCUCAUGUGAGCUUCACGUCGAGGACGGCCGGAGAGUUCUACGUGGGAACCGUCUACUUUUACGACCCAGAGAACGCUAGCUUCGGGGUCGACAAUGUAUCUCGUGCGAAGAAUGUUGCGGGUUAUAAUAAAGUCGAAGGGCAUUACCAGUUUUUCCUAAAAGACAUCAAGGACUUGACGGUGAUUCGUGUGCCACCGCCAAAACCUACCACCAACACUACUAAGGAUGAUGACAACAAGACUACUCCCGGUGAAGAAUCUUUUUCCAAGUGACUCUGUUUCGUUGCAAAUACAUCGACUCAUAGUACUUCCCUAAUACAUAUAUGAUCCAUAAGACCAUAACACUCACCAAAAUAGUCUAAUGCUCUUUAUCAUCUUCCGCUUUUCCUUCACUUCUCUGUCAGAUAUUACUUUUUCCCUAUACAUAUAUGGUCCAUAACACUCACCAAAAUCUACACUACUUUUGUUAUGUCCAUAACUAGACUCUUGGUAUAUCGGAUGUUUUUGUUUCCAUUGGUUGAAUUUCUUUUGAUAUCCAUGGAGGAAGUUCGCUGAGUUGCAAUGUCUUCACAUUUUCUUAAUCGAGACCUGUUUUUUUUUUUUUUAAUCAGGGCAAUUAUCAAUUUCUCUUUCUUUCUUUUUUCAAACAUUAUUUUGUGUAUGUGUUUCAUUAAAGAUUCUUUCAUAAAGAUAUGAUUUUCCGUUUUUCA